GUUGUGACAUUGCAUGCAAGUGUGAAUUCAGAGGAAUCGCCACCGUUAGCUGAUUACUCAGCGUCUUCGAAUUUUCGCCGCAUCCCAGUUCCCGGAGGAUGUUGCCUCAGUGACGCACCCCGAUGGCAGGUUGCCGCGUCUAGGUGGCAGCCUGGACUGUCUACACUUCCUUCGCAGCUACUCAAAGGCAUCGAAACGGCUGAG